AUUUUCCAAGUUUAUCAUCUGUUUGUUGGUGUUUCUCACUGAACAUUCAUUGCAGAUAACCAAACAGACCAAAACAAAUAUGCAGACAAAAACAGCAUUCACCUUUGUCUCAUCUUCCAAUUUCACUAUCAAACUGCCAUAGUAGAAUCACUAUUAUCAAUGUUCACAGCUACUUCUCUCCUUAUAUAUAUAUAUCCCCUUGUAAUUUCCACAGGUUAUAACCCAUUUGUUUAUUUCUCAUGAUAUCAUCUGCAAUGGACCCUCCUCCAUUUGAUCCAUUACAGCCCUCUAUUCCCAUCUCUUACCCCUUGAAAACCCUUGAGGAACUCGAGUCUCGAGCUUACUUCAAGUCUUUUCACUACCCUUUUAACAAGUCCUCUGUUCCUCUUAAAAGCUCUGUUUUGGAUAACAGGCCUAGAAUUCUUGUGUGCCAUGAUAUGCAAGGUGGUUAUGUGGAUGAUAAAUGGGUCCAAGGAGGGAAUAAUGAGAGUGCUUAUGCAAUUUGGCAUUGGUAUUUGAUUGAUAUUUUCGUCUACUUUUCUCAUAAUUUGGUCACGUUGCCUCCUCCUUGCUGGACUAACACAGCUCAUAGACAUGGGGUUAAGGUGUUGGGAACUUUCAUCACAGAAGGAUCUGAUGGGAUAGAGACUUGUAAUAAAUUGCUUGCAACUAAAGAAUCUGCUCAAUUGUAUGCUGAGAGGUUGGCAGAACUUGCUGCUGUUUUGGGCUUUGAUGGAUGGCUGAUGAAUAUAGAGGUUAGCUUAGAUGCAGCACAGAUUCCUAAUUUGAAAGAAUUUGUCAGCCAUCUAACUCAGAUUAUGCACUCCUCGGUGCCUGGAUCUCUGGUAAUAUGGUAUGACAGUGUCACAAUCACAGGAGAACUCUUAUAUCAAAAUCAGCUGAAUGAAAAGAAUAAACCUUUCUUUGAUAUCUGUGAUGGGAUAUUUGCAAACUAUGGGUGGGAGGAAGACUAUCCGAAACUCUCGGCAGCUGUUGCUGGUGAUAGAAAAUUUGAUGUCUACAUGGGAAUAGAUGUAUUUGGAAGAGGCACUUAUGGUGGUGGACAAUGGAAUACGAACACUGCACUCGACGUGUGUAAGAAAGAUGAUGUAUCAGCUGUGUUAUUUGCCCCUGGAUGGGUCUAUGAGACCAAGCAACCACCUGAUUUCCAAACUGCUCAAAAUAAAUGGUGGAGCCUUGUUAAAAAAUCAUGGGGAGUAGUAAAAUUUUAUCCUAAUUCACUUCCAUUCUACUCAAACUUUGAUCAGGGUCGUGGAUAUCAUAUUUCAGUUGAAGGAGUUCAAGUCUCAAAUUCUCCUUGGAAUAAUAUAUCUUCCCAAGGCUUUCAGAAUUUGUGCUUGUGGCAGCCUUUCCUUGAAUAUAAAGACAAUCCAACUCCAGAUUCCAUUCAAGUUCUUGUCGACUUUAAGGAAGAAUCUUAUAGCGGAGGAGUAAACAUCACAUUUAAAGGAACUCUGAAAGACAACAAUGAUUUUACAGCAAGACUAUUUCAGGGAAAUCUGCUUCUGGGUGAAUUGCCUCUCCACUUGACAUAUUCUGUAAAAUCAGAUGUAGGCUCUAUGCUUGGCCUAUCUCUUCAGUUCUCUUCCAACCUGGAUGAAAGAACAUUAGUCCUCAUUGCACCAUGGGAAGCUAACCAAUUAUCAAACAAGUUCAGCAAAGUGAUAGUACCUCAUAUGGUUAACACACAAGAAAUGGCUCCAGGAUGGGUCAUACAGGAGAGUAGCAUUCAAAUGAAUGGAUACACUUUGACAGAAAUCCAUGCUGUAUGUUACAGGCCCAAACCUGAAAUUCGCAAGCUAAGAUUAGAACACAAGUCAGAUGAAUCAGAGGUUUUCUAUAAAUCAUCUAUUGACUUGACUACCGAAGAGGUUAUCAACAACAAACCACCCGGUGUUCUCCUAUUUUGUGGAUCCAUACCCGAUGAUCAAACCUGCGGAGGAAGUCAGCACAACAUCAAUAACGAUACAUCAGCUCAGGUUUCAUCAGAGUAUUUUGCAGUGCUUGGUCAUAUCACAAUCAAGACUUCAAAAGAAAAUCCGGUUUUUCCUCCAUCUAGUUCAUGGCUAGUUGAGGGUCAGUAUAUUAAGUUGAGUUCAGGUUCGCAGGGUUCGAAGAAACUUAGUGUUAAAAUCACUUGGAAGUUAAAGGAUGGAAGCAAGUUUCAAUCUUCCAAGUACAAUAUUUAUGUUGAGAAGCUGGCGAAAACUGCUACUGGAAAUUCAGGUGGAAGAGUUGAAGAUAUUCAGGAGUAUAUUGGAGUAGCAUAUGUUGAAGCUUUCUAUGUUUAUGAUCUUGCCAUUCCUUCAAACAUUACCAGUCUCAAGUUCAUUGUACAAGUGUGUGGAGUUGAUGGGGCUUGCCAGAAACUUGAUGACUCUCCUUAUUAUCAAUUGGAUGUUGAAGCAUCUCAUCAGGUCACCAUUCCCAUCUGCAAUUAUGAAGAGAUGGCCUCAUCAAGGACUGGUGCAAAUCCGGGGAGAAGAUUGUACAUAAACAGCAAGCAUUAUGGGACACCUAGAAUGUGGGGGGACUUCAUGUAUGAUCGUCCUCUUCGAGAACGUACGAGAUAUGUGAUCGUCGACAUGCUACGAAGAUUUGGCAAAAUAGAUGCACAAAUCUAUACCAAAGAAAGAGGUUUAAGUUGGUUGCUGUUGAUGUCUUUAGUUGUACUGGGCAUGAUUUUAUGGGUUUUAAACUAUAGUAGUGUGAAAAUGUAAAUGCAAGAGAUUUUGUGAAAUUGUAACGUUUUGGAGCUUGAUGCUUGUUUGAUUGCUUCAUACACUCUCUUUGUCCACUAUGAACAUGAACUAAAAAGAAAUUUUCAAAUCUUUAAGAAAUCUCUUCCCCUUUGCUUAAUUGGAG